CCUUUUUUUAAGUGGUCAGCCCAUCAAUUCGCAAAGGCAGAACCCGUCGCCCCUCACGAUCUCAGUUCGUGAAACCGAACGAAACCCCGUCGCUCCUCCCAUUCGCGAACAGCCCCGACUCCAUCUCCUCCAUUUCGCAAGCCCCGAUCUCCCUCUCUCUCGCGCAAGCAGCCUAAUAAAGGUUUCCUAGCCCCAUUCACAAGAACUGGCCGCAUUUCCUUCUCACGGAUCUCCGACGCCGAUCGUUAGCCCUAGCCGAGGAUCUCAUCGCUUCCCCUUGUUCGCGUGGAUAGCAGCAGUAGCCCCAGCCCAUCGCUUCCUCUGUCCUGGCCGACGCCAACAUUUUCUAAAUCUUGGUUUUUUCGAACUUCUUGCCAUUCCAUGUUGGGGCACCUAAGAUCCAAGACUUCAAAAGAUUUCAAAGUUAGAUUUGAGAAGGCUUUGGAAUCUGGGGAAGGAUUUGCAGCUGAUGCUAAAAUGUCCUCAUUCAAUGAAAGUGGCAAAGAUACAUACAUUGAACAAGUAGUUGUGGACACUUCAAAAGCACGAGAGAUGCUUUGCCGUAAUAUAAAUGCAUAUGUUACUUCAGUUCGUGAGGCAAAAUUAUCUGAGAUCACGUCCUUGUAUGAGGAAAAACUUAACAAGACACUUUCAAAGCCUGUGAAAUCUCUUUUAAAUAAUGCUAGUGAUGAAACGUGGUCAGCAAUUAGAAAACUUCUUCAGCUAGAGAGAAUGACAACUUUAGUUGGUUUUGCUUCAACCCUUUCUUCAUUUGAUAUUGAUCAGACAAUUGUUGAAACUUUGGUUGCAAAACUAGAAAAAUAUGCCAUAAGCAUUAUUGAAUCUAAGGCAAGAGAAGAAGUUGGGAGAGUCUUGAUGAAUAUGAAUGACAGGUUCAAAACAGUGUUUAGUUAUGAUUAUGAUUUAAUGCCAAGACUAUGGACAGGAGAAGAGGACAUAAAAGCAAUCACCAAAAUGGCUCGUUUAGCAUCCUUAAAGUUACUGUCUAUUCUUGUUGCAAUUCACUUGGAUGAGGAGAAUGAUAAUGCUGAGGAGACCCUUCAGCUUGCUUUGAUGGACAUUCUUAGUUGUUCAACUUUAAAUAGGAUUUGGUCAAAUGAUGGAUUGACUGCAUUGACUUCCAAUACGUGGAAAGAUGUUUCAUCAACGAGAACCUUAAUUACACCAGUUCAGUGCAUGUCAUUAUGGAGACAGUUCAAGAAAGAAACAAAGCAUACUGUGAAACGAGCUAUUGCUACUCAGGAAACUUACAAGAGAAAGAACAACCAAUUGCCUCCUUGGGCUAUUGUGGCCAUGUUAAUCUUGGGAUUCAAUGAAUUGAUAACAAUUUUAAGAAAUCCUUCGUACCUUUGGGCUAUUUUUUUUGCUUUUCUUCUGGGCAAGGCGCUUUGGGUCCAGCUUGACAUCUCAGACGAAUUUCAAAAUGGAGUUAUAAGGGACAAUGACCUACAGCUCCAGAUACUUGAAGGAAUCCUUUGUCAAAUAGUCACUUUAUACAGAGAUAGAGUACUCGCUAUCAUCAGCUAGAGCAUCCAAUGAAACCUCUUCAGAUUGUGCAACUAUAUAUGAGUAACUUUUGAGUAUAUUCUCAUUUGACAUUUAUGAAAGUUUAUUUUUUUUUCCUUAAACCUUUUUUCCUGUUAGAUCAACUAUAGUAUUAUUCGUUUAUUUUGUUUUGUUUUUUUUCUCUCUUCUCUUAGUUGGUGGCAUUUCCAAUUGUAUUCGUUGUUUUCAUGAAAAGUUUAUUCUUUUUUUAUUUUUAGGCGCAUAUAAGCGCAGUGGCUUUGGAAAUACAUGCAAUUGGGAAGGAAGAUUAUUGAUUGGGCAACAUUGAAUUUUUUUAACAAAAUAAUAUAUAAUUCAGAU